UGACUUGCCGUACAUUGGCGACCGCGCCCGCGAAAUUACCGAAAAAUACAAUAUAUUUCGGUAAAUUUUCGUAUACAGUAUACGAUUUUUUGGUAUGUGAUAUCGUGUUUUGUGUUGUGUGUGCAGUGCAAUGGAGUAUAUGAUUUCUGUGUGUGCAAGACUUUUGAAUGUGACCGCGGUUGUAUUACGAGUUUCAUAAUGAUAAAGCGGUAAAUGGUCCGGCGAGGGAAGACCAAAUUGCAAAAUGGUAGACUUAUAGCACCAGACACCAUAAUUUACCUCAAACGAAGUAAGCGAAAAGAUGUUAAUGUUGAUCAUAGUCCACUUCAUCACGCUUCCCGCACUGACCACGAAAACUGUCAGAGGCGAUACAGUAAUGGAAGACAAAAAUCUACCGCUUAUCAGCUCAAGAGUUGUACGAACUAAAUAUGGUGAUAUCAGAGGUUUCAUUGUAACACCUGAAUCGAGGUAUCUGGAGCCAGUGGAAGUAUUUCGAGGUAUCCCGUAUGCGUCACCACCUGUUGGUUCCUUGAGAUUCAUGCCGCCAGUUUCUGGAGCGCAAUGGUCUGGUGUCAAAAUCGCUGAAGAAUUUAGUCCUGUCUGUCCUCAAGUUUUGCCUGAUAUUAGAAAUGAAACCGCUGUUCUAAAAAGAAUAUCUAAAGGACGAUUGGAAUAUUUGAAAAGAAUUUUACCAUUCUUGACGAAUCAGUCGGAAGAUUGUCUAUACUUGAAUAUCUACGCUCCUGCACAAGCAGGAGUACGUGAUGCUGUAGCAAGAUAUCCAGUUCUGGUGUUCGUCCACGGAGAAAGUUAUGAAUGGAGUUCUGGAAAUCCAUACGAUGGGACCGUCCUCGCAUCCCACGCGGGUCUCGUGGUUGUAACUAUCAAUUAUAGACUUGGUAUACUGGGUUUCCUGAAUCCUCGAUCAGAUGACUUCCCCCGGUCGCCAGCAAACUACGGUCUCAUGGACCAGAUCGCAGCACUGCAUUGGAUCAAAGAGAACGUAGCUGUGUUUGGUGGUGAUCCGACCAAUGUGACGUUGAUGGGACAUGGGACUGGUGCGGCUUGUGUUCACUUCUUGCUUACUUCGCUUGCUGUACCAGAAGGUCUGCUCUUCCACAGAGCCAUCUUAAUGUCAGGAUCAGGUUUAAGUCCUUGGUCACUAGUGGCUGACCCAAAUAAGUACUCAGAGAUAGUCGCCACUCACGCCAACUGCUCCCCUGAACUUACUCCACCUGCUUUACUGCGAUGUUUACGAGAACGACCACUGGAAGCUUUAUUAUCAGCACCUGUUCAAGCACCUGAUUUUGCGUACGCUUUCGGUCCCAGCGUUGAUGGAGUCGUAAUUGAUACCGGAGACAUGCUUAUUAACCCGGAGCCAGGGUAUGAAUGGCAGGUAGCACGUGCUGCCCUUGGAAGAGGAGCGACUGCUGUUAAUAUUAUCAACGCGGUUCUGAUGCGCAAAAGUGCGAUAGCUCAGCUCACGAAAUACGAUCUCAUGUUGGGCGUAACAAAAGCAGAAGCGUAUUUCGCUUUCAGUGGAGAUGAUGUUCAAUAUGGAAUAGAAGCUGACCGGAGGUCUAAGAUUCUUAAAUCAUUUGUACGAAACACAUAUAGCUAUCACCUUUCGGAAAUUUUGGCUACAAUUAUUAACGAAUAUACAGACUGGGAAAGGCCCGUUCAACACCCUAUUAAUAUAAGGGACGAAACACUCGAGGCCUUGAGUGACGCACAGGUGGUAGCCCCCACAGUUCUGACUGCGGACACUCAUUCGGCUUUAAGGAGGAACUCCUAUCUGUACGUGUUUGACUAUCAAACUAAGUACGGAGAUUAUCCGCAGCGUCAAGGCUGUAUUCAUGGUGAGGAGCUUCCAUACAUAUUCGGAGCACCUCUGGUCGGUGGACUGGCGCAUUUUCCACGAAACUAUACUAAAUCUGAAGUGGCGCUGUCUGAAUCAGUAAUGCUGUAUUGGGGAAAUUUCGCGAAGACUGGAAAUCCAAAUGAAGCUCAAGAAAGUGAUCCUAUUAGAGCGGGCAGACAAGAAAGGGUAAGAAUGAAGAAUAUUGAAUGGACUGCAUAUGAAGCGGUGCAUAAGAAGUACUUAAAUAUUGACAUCAAAUCAAAGCUAAAGAAUCAUUAUCGAGCUCAUAGACUGUCAUUCUGGUUAAACUUAGUACCAGAUCUCCACCGACCUGGUGGAGAAGAUGUCCCUCAAUCACAUCAUCAACUAGAAAAUGAAGAAUCUCCAUUGCAACCUACUCUUAAAACAUUUACACCACCUUUCAAGAAAGUUACAGAAAUGGUGUUAACAGAUUCCGGUGUAGCCACCAAAGUUCCAUUACUGACUGUUUUAAACGUAACAUCACCAUUAAACUUUAAUAUUGUAGGAUUAAAUGCCGUUACUCAAAGUACUAUAGCAAUCUCUGAAGUUCAUAAAACUGAUGGAUCAACGACAUCUCCUCCUGAAGACGGUUUUGCAGCUUACUCGACUGCAUUGAGUGUAACUAUUGCCAUUGGAUGUUCAUUACUCAUACUUAACGUUCUCAUAUUCGCUGGGGUAUAUUACCAGCGUGAUAAGACGAGAAUGAAUGGUCAGGAUGGCCAUGCUAAUGGCUCGCAUUUAAAAAAACGUGUAGAGAAUGGUCAGAUGCCGAACAAUAUUUGUGGUGAUCUGGAAGGGGCUCUAACUUUCCAAACAAGUUUGAAAAAUGACCCCGCUACAAUUUUAAGCCAUCAUCAUACACACUCACACCAUCAGCUACCUCCACCAGAAUUUGCCGAUCUCCCUAGUAAUAAUGUCGCAGGUAUGGCUACUUUACCUCGAGCCCCUCCACCUCCUAAGAUAGGGAAAAGUAAUAUAAAUACUCUAGCCAGUGGUCAACUGCAAGAAAACCAACCACUUUUAUCAGCUCAUCAAAUGCAAAUAAUGAAUACUAGCACACUGACAAAGAAGAACACUCAGUUAAACGCGAAAUCGAAUGUUACGAUGGAAGAGUUGAGGGUGUGACGCCAGCGUGCCUGACUGCAGCGCGCCGGCAGUUGCAGUGAUGUGGUCCACCACGACGAGAUCGUGUGACUCCCGCCGGACCUUCUCAAGUGCGUUACAGAUUAUAUAUGACUUUAAACGCGCUUGCAUCUAGAAGGCGUUAAUAGUGACAAAUUUAAAAGACGUGAAAUUAUUAGUGAAAAUGAUGUUACGAACAUUCUAUUUAAAGUAAUAUUAUUACCAUAUCCAUAAAAGUUGAUAGUGAAUCUAAAUCUGAUUGCAGUGUUUAACGAUGUACUGGACGUUAUUAAUGUAUUCGAUGUAAAUGUUUGUAUAUAAAUAGAAUUUAGACUAAGUUCGUGUACAUAAUAUAUAAUAAUGAGGCUCAGCCGCAUAUCCAUCCUAAUAAUGAAGAUUUACUAAAAGUCAUACCAAAAUUGCAAGUCCUUUCUGCCGCUGAAAUCCAUAAGAAUCAUUUUAGAUUUUUUUUAUUACAAAUCAAAUUAAAAAAUUUAGUCUUAAUGUUAAUAUAACUGAAAUAUUAUAUGAAAAUUGGAAAUACGUAGGAAUUAAAGAACUAAUUAUGUGUGAAACACCAAUUUUUCACCCAACUGAUGCUAUAGAAGUAAGCAAUAAUAAUUAUUAUGAUUUGUCUUAAUUUUAAAUUAAAAAAUGCUAGAAACUAAUGUACACAAGAUUAUACCACCGCUAAACAACGGUACGCAUUAUGGCUACCUACAUGUAUUCUUUAAUCAUUUUAGUUGAUCUUAUAAAGAUUUUCAACAAAAUAGGUUUCUUUAAAAUAUAUUGUUGCAUUAUUUUUUACAUAGAUGGACCAAUAGUUUUUGUAAAUAUGUAAAUAAAUUUAGCUAACGGUAUAACAGGUUGUAAUGAUGCAUUAAUCCUUGUUCUAUUUACAAUGACUACGUCAUUGACUGAUUAAAUAGAAACUCUUUGUUAUAAUGUAUAUCUUAAAUUAUUGAACUACCUUCACUUUAAAUAUUUUAUUAGAAACCUGCAAUUUUUUAGAUUGAUAACUUUGUGAAAAUAUUUAUCUAUAAUUUUCUUUCUAUAUUCAAUCUGAUAAUAAAAGUAUAUUUGCAAAUAUUAGCUAUUCAGUUUGAUGCAAUUCUUCUGAUACUGACAAAAUUACCUCAUCUGCAAUACUAUUGGGUAUUUUCCUUUAACAAUAUGUAAUUUAUUUUACUUAUAGUGGAGAUUAUAUUGUUUCCGACUCGCUUAAUCGUUCAUUAAGUUACUCAUAUAUUACUUCAAUCGUCUCGAGAUAUUGUGUUUCGUAUGAAUGCCAGACAGUUUCAAUUUGUUCUUAAGCGAAUUUUUGUUGUUUCGAAAUAAAAAUUUCAGCUGUUUUUACUAUGGAAUAUUUAACUCUAUUUUACAGUAGUUAUUACUUAUUUUUUAUAACAUUAUUUUCUUCUAGAUUG